AUGGCCUUCCAACUCGCCAGUCAACUACUCCUGCUCUUCGCCUCAGUCCAACCAUCCGCUUCUCUAUCAUCUAACUCGCAAUCAUCCAACCACUACUCUCCAAUCUCUCAACCCUCCCUGAUCCGAGCUGCCGAACUAUUCCAAAACAACGGGCGCCCCCCAGGCUGUCCACCCUGUCCGGAAUGCUUCAACUGUCAACUACCCAAGUUCAACUGCAAGCAAUUCGGAUUCUGCAGCGAGUACGACGGCCAGUGUAAAUGUCCAGCCGGGUUCGGUGGCCAGGAUUGCGGUGAACCAGUUUGUGGAAGCCUUGCCGAUGGAGAGCAACGCCACGUCCGACAGGAUAAUUCGACUAGCUGUAAAUGUAGUGAUGGUUGGACUGGGAUUAACUGCAACGUCUGCGAAACCGACGAUGCUUGCUCUGCGCUGGUACCCACACUCGAUCACUCUACCGGCCGCCCAACACAUCCUAGCUCCAGCGUCGUGUCAACCUCCCAGACAACCUCGAACAAAUCCGAAGCUGUCUGUUACAAAGGUGGAUAUACUGUCAAGGAGAGCUAUCAAAUGUGCAAUGUGACCAAUCGCAAAAUCCUCGACAUGCUUCCCGGAAGGCCACCCCAAGCUUCUUUUACCUGCGACACGUCCAAGUCAUCAUGCCAAUUUCAGUUCUGGAUCGGCUAUGUUGAAUCCUUCUAUUGUGAAUUUAAUGAUUGCCAGCAAUCGAUUCAAGUUGGCUACGAAGGUCAAUCUAACAUUACCCGAAAUGAAUGCCAGAAGAUGCAGUGUAAAUGUAUACCAGGUCGAAUGCUGUGCGGUGAAUCUGGUAGUGUGGACAUCAGUGACUUUUUAUCGGAGGAGAUCAAAGGGCCGGGUAAAUUCUCUUGCUCCUCGGACCAAGGGGGCUGUCAGUUUGAAGAACCAGCCAUGAAUCAACUCAUUACCGAUGUCUUUGGCGACACUUCCAUUACUCUUAACUGCCAAGCUGGAGAAUGUAUGCACUAUACCAUGGUUCCAGGUUUCAAGGUACCUGAAAGACCCGAUAACAGCAAAAUGGUUGCGCUUAGCAUUGCUUUGACCGCGUUUUUCAUAGCAGGAGCUUCUUGGAUGUUUUGGUAUUGUGGCAGGAACCGCGCCCACAAGUACCCAGUUUUCUACGGCAGAAGUCACGUCAAUCCAGCCGAACAGGGCACGCUAUCCGCUCAUGUGCCGACCGACAUUACUUUCUCCAAGAUAUCAUAUUCUAUCAACUAUGCUGUCACUCAAGCCAAACCUGUAUUGCGUCAGGUAUCCGGAAAGGCCAAGUCGGGACAGCUCUUGGCGAUCAUGGGUGCUUCCGGGGCAGGCAAGAGCUCACUACUUGAUAUUCUUGCGAAGAAGAGCAAGGCCGGCUUUGUGACGGGUGAUAUUCUGAUCAACGACAUGCAAAUUUCAAACGACCAAUUCAAGUCGCUAAUCGGAUAUGUUGAUCAGGAGGAUACCCUGAUGAGCACUCUGACGGUUUAUGAGGCUGUGCUCUGUUCAGCUAUGCUCCGACUCCCGAAAGAUAUGAAUCUUGAUGCCAAGAAGAUUCGGACGCUCGAAACUCUGGAUGAACUGGGAAUACUUCAUCUCAAAAAUGCUUUCAUCGGAAGGAGCGGUCGUAGAUCAAUCUCAGGGGGUGAAAAACGGCGAGUUUCGAUCGCCUGCGAGCUAGUGACAAAUCCUAGUAUCCUAUUUUUGGACGAACCCACCAGUGGGCUAGACUCGUUUAAUGCGUACAAUGUUGUGGAAUCCUUGGCUCAACUUGCAAAGAACUGCCAGCGCACCAUCAUCCUGACGAUUCAUCAACCCCAGAGCAACAUUGUCUCGAUGUUUGAUCAGCUAGUCCUCUUAGGAAACGGCGGGAGACUUAUUUACUCCGGUCCAUUCGAAGCUUGCCAUGAAUACUUUGCUCAAAUCGGACACCCAUGUCCAGCUGGUUAUAACAUUGCCGACUUCUUAAUUGACCUGACAAUGAAGUACCGAUCGAACCACCCGAAAAAUGUUAAUGGCCAGUCGCAGGUGCAAGGAUCUAUCGAGCCACAUCGUGACAGUGAUGAAAGUGGAAACUACGAGCCAGCAGCAGAUGAGACAGAGCUACUGUUACGUAAUUCUUCAGAAGGAUCAAGGACUUCUCACUCUACACUACAAGCGCUACGAGAUCGACUCACAAAACACCAAGACGUUGAGCCAGAAGAUUUCAGUUUACUCGACAAGCUCGUUGAAAAUUUUGAAGCCUCUGAAAUCGGCAAAUCCUUCGAUAGAGAAUUUGAGAUCGUCCUGAAUCGCGGCUCGGUCAUUGGGGCUGGAGUUGGGGAUGAACUUCAUAAUUAUCUGGUCGCUCGUAGUAGAGAUCGUGCGGGAUUUGUCCAGCAGUUCUUGAUUCUGAGCAGCCGGGCUUUCAAAAACCUUUACCGAAAUCCGAUGUUGAUGUUAUCGCAUUACUUAUUGGCAAUCCUUCUUGCAGGGGUUUGCGCAUCACUCUUCCACGGAGUGACAUUGGAUAUUGCAGGCUUUCAAGGACGAAUGGGCUUGUUUUUCUUCAUCCUAGCGUUAUUCGGCUUUUCAUCGCUGACAGCGAUUACGAUCUUUUCCGAGGAGCGGAUCCUAUUUAUGAGGGAGCGGUCAAACAACUACUAUUCGCCGUUGAGCUACUUCCUCUCAAAGACGAUCCUAGAUAUCAUUCCUCUCCGAAUCCUCCCGCCCUUCAUCCUCAGCUGUAUUAUCUACUAUCCCGUGGGCUUGGUGCCCACCUUGGAACAGUUUUGGAAAUUCGUACUCGUCUUGAUCGCGUUCAAUCUUGUCUCCUUCGGCCUCGUCCUCUUCAUCAGCCUGAUCUGUGACGAUGUUGGUGUCGCCAAUCUCGUCGGUAGCUUGAUCAUGUUAUUCAAUUUAUUGUUCGCAGGCUUACUAGUCAAUAGAGAAAAGUUACCGUACGGCACUGCUUGGUUGCAAGAUAUUUCAUUCUAUCAUGCGGCGUUUGAAGGCCUGUUGAUCAAUGAAGUCCGCUAUUUGACCUUGAAGGAUCACCGUUACGGCGUCGAUAUUGAAGUUCCUUCUGCCAGUAUCCUGUCUCUAUUCGGGUUCAGAACAACCGCAUUUUGGUAUCCCGAUAUGGCGAACCUGGCAUUCUUGUUCCUCUUUUUAAUGACCCUCUCGUUCUUGACCUUGGUAUUUCUUGUCAAAGAACGUCGGUGA